AUGGCCAGAGGAGUACUUGUGAAAUCGCGCUCGCCACCUCAAGCGCCGGGCAUUUCCCAGCCGCUUCUGGAAUAUACAGAUGCCCUGCCUAGGAACGACACUCGGGAAAUCCAGCCUGGUAUCAGUUACAGCCGUCCAAUACAUCAAGUCGUUAAAGUCGGACAGCAUCCUGCGGUGUCCAGGGGCCGUGAUUUCGGAGAAAACCCAGAACCCCAGGCUCGCGAGUUUGAUUUCCGGGUCACCAGCCCACCAAUCGAAGCUACGACGUCGGACACGCACCUUGGAGUGGAUGAGUCUAUGAUUGGUAUUGCCCUGGGUAGCCCUCGUUUGUUGGAACAACAUAACAUUGCACCCCAAGUACAACGAAUGCCACCACCCACACCACCUGAGGACGAACGGCCCAAAUCGCCACUGCAACGGAAGCCGAGCAAAUGGAAAAAGAUUGGGGGCCUGUUCAGGGCAAAGAACGCAGUCGCCCCUAAUGCCACUAAGCCGUUUUACCAGAUCCACGCUACGAAUGAGGGGCCGGUGCAGGAGUCUACGCAUUCGGUAGACUACAAGUCUCGACGGAGAGCAGGUACCAGGACCGCGCCGAUUGAGAAUACAGAAGUGUGGCCGUGUCUUGCCUCGGAGAACGAAGCUACAGCCCACCAACAAGCGUCCAAGCCGAAUCCUGGAUCUUUCCUUCAGGUCGAGAUCCCUCAGGUUGAAAUGGAAAGGUAUAGCGUCAUGUUUGGUGGCCUUCUAAACAACGAACGGCCUUCACUGUUGGCUAGGCGAAGCAAGACACUGGAUAAUCUGACCAUUCCUGGCAAAGAGUCACCAUCUCCUUUGGGUCCACCACGGCGACGAGCCACUUCCCCGGCAAUAUCCCCUAGUUUCAACCUCUUUCCAACGAUGCCAGCCAGCAAGGCUGCAAAGGUUCUCGGGACACAAAACUUAUCACGGGUCUCAAAUCAGUCACAAGCAUUGACGUCUUCUCAAACCAAAUCUCAGGAGACACUCCCCGAGCCGAACAAGCUCUCACUGGACAGUCGUCCAAAAGCCCUAUCAUCCCACCGUCCCCAGGCCUCCGUCACAUCCUUUCUCUCUGCAACCUCGAUAGGCUCUGAUGACGAACCACUUCUCAUCCACAAAGUCGAACCGGUCCGCACAUAUGCCGGCAUGAAGGAGCCUUUCUGGAGCGUAUCACGCCACAGUCCUGCGCCGGUGGCAAUAACAGUGCCACCCUCCGAUUUCCCGAUGAAGGCCAAAAACCUCACCAUCAACACGCGAGAGCUUCACUCACGCUCAGACUCGAAUAGCUUCAGCUCAGUAGAAACAUACCCAUACACACCGACGGCGACAUCGGCAUCCUCGCCCAUCCUCUCACCACUGAGCAUAGCAUCUCCGGCCAGGGGUCAAACCGAAGCCAUAACCACGACAGUACCCACCUUUCCUCCACCACGAACAACAUCCCGAGCUGGCCACAAUGGAGCACCAUUACCAACCAUCGAAGUCUCCAUCGCGCGCUCCGUCUCUGUUUCAAAGGGCAAAGGGCAGGUUCUGGUCCCCGUCAGAACGAGGGCUCCUCAGCUAAACUCGAGCAAUGAGAGGCUUGUUGUGAGACAAGCUAAGACGCCCAUGGUUACUGGCCCAGCUUACGGUCAUCGGCCCGGUCUUUCCCAAGAUGUGCGUAUCGAGACAGUGUAG